AUGCCUACCGCCAACCCGGUCCUGAUCCAAGACAUCCCCCGCUCCCGCAAUGAACCGCCGCCAGUGUUCUUGAUCCACGAUGCCAGUGGUCUUCUCACCAGCUACUUCAAAGUCGGCACGCUGGGGCGUAAGGUGUACGGGAUAUGGGAUCCCAAGUUUGACGCCGACGGCAUUGGCGGCUGGCAGAGCGUCAAAGACAUCGCCGAAGCAUACAUCCGCCUCAUCAAACGGGUCAUGCUAAGAGGCGAGAUCGUGCUAGGAGGCUGGUCGUUUGGAGGCGUCCUCUCAGUCCAGAUCGCACACAUGCUGGCAACAUCCGGUCGAGGCCUACGUGUGUCUCGAAUCAUCCUCAUCGACUCGGUAUACCCUCGCUGCCCUCGACCGGAGGCCCAGAAAGAACCGGCAAAGCUUCAUCACGCCCCGGCUCUGCCCGGCAUCAACCAAGAGACAAGGGACAAGCUCAUGACCGCCCUCAUGCGCGCCACCUGCCUCUCGGAUCAAUGGGAUCCGCCCGCGUGGUCGAUGCCUCGCGCCGGGGUCCUUGGAACGGCGCGGUCGCGGGACGUCGACCCCAAUCCGCCACAUGUCGUGUUGAUCAGGGCUAAGAGCAUGGUGCCGAUGGCUGAGCCUGGCGAGAAGUGUCCCCUGGACAGGACUAGGUUUCUGCCGCAACUGGGCUGGGAAGACAUGCUGGAAGGCUUUGUGGAGCAGGUCAUUGAGACUUCCGGGAACCAUUACAGCGUCUUUGACCAUGAACAUGUCAGUUUUGACGGAACUUAUUCCUUGGAGAACUUCAUCCGUCGCUAA